AUGAACUUGUUGGAGUAUCUUCGCUCAAAAACUCAAGUUGACCUCGACACUUUUGAUAUCGAGGUUGAAGCUGCCCGCGAACUUCGAGGCUGCAUUGACUGUACUUCCAAUCAGUAUGAAUACUACACAGAGCUUUCAAAAGACAACAGAAAAGACAUUUUGCAGAAGGCACUCGAGCUAGCCGCCAAAUGGCAUGACAACUUCUCAUCAAUUAGAAUGGAGGAGCUUGCAGUUGAGGCUGCAAUCAUUGCGACUGGAAAGCGUGAGUCGUAUACCUUUACUAGUAGAGGAUAUCUAAUCAGAGAAUUUAUCGACGCAGGAUACCAUGAGUUGUUCACAAUUAUCGAUGAGACCUUCGAUAGGUCUCGAGUCGUGAUGAAAGUCCCAGCGACCUGGGAAGGGCUCCAGGCGUGUCGUGAGCUUCGUGAUCAUGAGAUCAAGACACUGGCCACCACUCUAUUCACCAUGGAACAAGUAGUCUUAGCAGGUGAGGUGGGAUGUGUGUCCAUAUCGCCCUUCCUUCAUGAGCUCAAGGCACUGUUUGAUCAAAGCUAUCACGACGAGAACCCACUUCUUGAAUUAUGCGUCAAAGCCCAAAAAUGGUAUGAGCAGAACUCCCUUCCGACCAGAGUCAAAGCGUGCGCAAAUAUUGGACUGGAUGAGAUUCUCCAAUUGGCAGGGGUUGCGGCGUUUACUGUCGUCCCUGAUGAUCUUAGACUGUUAGCGUCGACCCGGAAGACAGAUGAAGAAUCUGUCAAUGUGUCCCUAUUCGCUGAGCAGUCGCAAGAAGGAUCGAAAAUCGAAUAUCCUUCUUACAUAGACGAAGAAGAGAAAUACCGAUGUGACUUUGCCUGCGUGGACGAGGGAAUGGCACAACUGAAACUGGCCCAGGCAAUCCAGAUAUUUUGCGAUUUCCAGAGUAAGGCCGAAGCAAUUGUGAGAGCGGCAAAGGAAAGAGAUGCGUAA